CUAUUUUGUUUUGUCCCCUUCUACAUUGAUUCUGUGCAAAGAGAUUUAAAGUUACGGGAACAAACCAAAGUUUAGUCAAGGAAAUAAAAAAGAAGUUUCACUCAUUACUUUGCUUUUUUUUUUUCUUUCCUCAAAAGAAUGGAAAUGAAGGUUCUUGUAAUGAUUUUCCCCAUGUGGGUUUGUUGUAUUUCUUUGUUCUCAUUUGUACUUGCCGCCAAACCAGAGACAAAUGUUUCCAACGUUUGUAAUUCUUCUUUUGUUGUUGUGAAGGAACCCAUUUCUCGGUUUUCUGCAAAAAUGGAAGCCCAAUCUCCAGGAAAUUCUGGGGUUAGAAUAAUGCACCAUCAAGAUUUGAGCAAGAAGAUACUUAUAGCACUUAUUGCUGCAUCCACUCUUCUUGGUGUUCUAUUACUUUUCUUCUCAUGCUUUUGGAUCUAUAGAUCGAAAAAGGUGAAGAAUUCCAACGGAAAAACCAAACAGAAUUUUGAUUCUGGCAGAGGGCUUUCAAAUAGCCCAAUUAUGGAACAGGUUAAUUCUUUAAGGAAGACUGGCAAGAAGGAUUCAGUUGGUGUCAUUGAGUAUCACUAUUUAGAAGUUGCCACAAACAAUUUCCAGGAAAACAAUGUCCUGGGGGAGGGAGGUCAUGGGCGUGUCUAUAAAGCUCGUUUCAAUGAUAAAUUCCUUGCUGCAGUGAAAAGAAUAGAUGAUAGAGGGAAGGAUGCUGAAAGAGAAUUUGAGAAUGAACUGAACUGGUUAACUCAAAUCCAGCAUCAGAAUAUUAUUUCUCUUUUAGGUUACUGCAUCCAUAACGAAACAAGGUUUCUUAUAUAUGAAAUGAUGCAAAAUGGCUCUCUGGAGACCCAAUUGCAUGGACCUACUCAUGGAGCUGACCUAACAUGGCAUAUACGGAUGAAAAUUGCUGUUGAUGUAGCGCGAGGUCUGGAAUAUCUUCAUGAGCACUGCAACCCUCCGGUGGUCCACAGAGAUCUGAAAUCGGCUAACAUUCUUCUUGAUUCCAACUUUAAUGCUAAGCUUUCAGAUUUUGGCCUUGCAGUGACUGGUGGAACCCAAAACAAGAAUGUAAAGAUUUCUGGAACGCUGGGCUAUGUCGCUCCUGAGUACCUUUUAGAGGGUAAACUAACUGAUAAGAGUGAUGUAUAUGCCUUUGGAGUUGUAUUGCUUGAGCUUUUGAUGGGGAGAAGGCCGGUAGAGAAGAUGUCACCGAGUCAAUGCCAAUCGAUAGUCACAUGGGCCAUUCCUCAGCUCACUGACAGGUCAAAGCUUCCCAGCCUUGUGGAUCCUGUAAUUAGAGACACAAUGGAUUUAAAGCACUUAUAUCAAGUUGCUGCUGUGGCAGUGCUAUGUAUACAAUCUGAACCAAGUUACCGGCCAUUGAUAACAGAUAUUUUGCACUCGUUCAUUCCUAUUGUACCUACUAAGCUUGGAGGGUCACUAAGAGUUGUCUAGGCAUCGUAGAGAAUUUGCAUAUCGAAUCAGCCUGCAGAACAUUCUCUAGUGCUGCAAAAUGUUUGAAGUACAUUACACAGUUCUUGUUUUGUUGGUUCCUGAUCAUUCUUUUCCAGACAAAAGUUGCCUUCAAGGAUCAUACACAAGGGAAGAUUAUAGUUGUUAGAAAUUCAGUUUCUCAUUGUUGCAGCCGUAAAUUAUAUGUGAUUUGGUUGUAGAACUUGCGAUGUAGCUUCUUUGGUUUAGAUUAUUGAAAUUGAAAUGUACUUCUGGAUGAAAAUGAAGAAUUGUGAUUUUUGAAUUAGAAGAAGACAGGUAGAUAGCAUUGCAACGCAA